AGCAGCUAUUGGUGUCCACUUCUUAUUCUUCUUCUUCUUCUUUUAUCGCUGAUUUGCAGCUGCACCGUGGUUGUCAUAUUUAUACCCCUCUUGCGCCUUGCAACAUGGGCUCCGUACUACCCGCAGACGCUUUGGCUCUCAAGUCUGGAUUUAAGUGUCCGAGCCGCUCGCUGUCAGACGUGAUCACCUCGGACAUCCUGCACAGCUUCUUGUACGGCAGGUGGAGGAACGUGCUGGGCGAACACCUGGCGGAGGAGCGGCAGAGCGGCAGCAGCCCCAAGACCGCCUUCACCGCUGAGGUGCUGGCUCAGUCCUUCGCUGGAGAGGUGCAGAAGCUGUCCAGCCUUGUGCUGCCCACUGAAGUGAUCAUCGCCCAAAGCUCCAUCCCUGGAGAAGGCCUGGGCAUCUUCUCAAAGACUUGGAUCAAAGCAGGAACCGAGAUGGGCCCUUUCACAGGGAGGGUCCUGUCCCCUGAACACGUGGACCUGCUCAAGAAUAACAACCUCAUGUGGGAGGUGUUCAACGAAGACGGCACGGUGCGCUACUUCAUCGAUGCCAGCCAGGAGGAUCAGCGCAGCUGGAUGACUUACAUCAAGUGCGCCCGGAAUGAACAGGAGCAAAACCUGGAAGUGGUGCAGAUCGGCAGCAGUAUCUUCUACAAGGCGGUGGAGACCAUCCCACCAGACCAGGAGCUUCUUGUCUGGUAUGGAAACACCCACAACACAUUCCUGGGAAUUCCCGGAGUUCCAGGAGCAGAUGAAGAACAGCAGAAGAAAAGCAGGAAUGACGAGUCCCACUCCUGUGACGGCCCUUCCGCCUGCUCCCCACCCUCCUCCAUCACGGCCGGUCGGAUGCGCUGCGUCAUCUGUCAUCGCGGCUUCAACUCCCGCAGCAACCUGCGCUCCCACAUGCGCAUCCACACUCUGGACAAGCCCUUCGUCUGCCGCUUCUGCAACCGCCGUUUCAGCCAGUCGUCCACGCUCCGAAACCACGUCCGCUUGCACACCGGCGAACGGCCCUACAAGUGUCACGUCUGUCAGAGCGCCUACUCGCAGCUUGCGGGCCUGAGGGCGCACCAGAAGAGCGCACGGCACAAACCGGCGGCGCACGCCGCCGACGUGCAAUCCCAAGUGUCCCCUCCAACUUCACAGAUCACAGCCAUGCCCCACCAGCACCAGAUGCCCCUGGUGCACCACAUUCCCACCAUGGUGCUAUGAUGACAGGACAGACAGGGACAGUCACUCAGAACAACGUUGCACUUUAGAUUAUAGCUGUAGUGGAGACGUAAAGGGACAUCCGGAUGUGACAGGCCAUCAUUAAGGAAAUACAUUGUUGUUGGAGUUGAUGUGACACUAAAGCAUCUCACAAAGACAUUUAAAUGUGUGUCACCUUAUUUGUAUUCCUUGUUUCUUUGGCUUUCAUGUGAUCCAAAUUCCAGCAGAAAGAUAUUUUAAUGAUUGUAUUGUGGAAAGCAGAAAUACAGUAUGCUGAAAAACAACUCAAGAUACUUUGUUAUUAAUGCUUCUCUGUGUGAGUAGAAUAUAUCACCACAAAUGUGAGUUUUUUUUAUUUUUAUCACAUCUUCACCAGCUCAGGUGAAAAGUACUUUCAAACAACAGUCUUUGUGUAGAGUGAGUAGAAACUAAGGGAUGUGGCCACAAGUGUACAUUGUUUCAGCUGCAUCGUCCCACACUGUAAACUGUCACUUUAACUUUGCACAGACUGUAUUCUGUACUAUUAUGUAAUUGUAAAAUUGUAUUGUAUGCUACUGUACAUGUGAAUGUAAAUACAUUUGUGAUUUCUUCUAUUCUAAAUAAAUAUGAUAUUACAUUU